CGAAUUUUCAUUUCAUAAUUUGGAGAGUAGAAAAUCUCUCUGGCGAUUUCAGUGCUUGUUCGUCCUAGGUUUUCAAGAUUAAAUCUCUUCAUUUUAUGUUAAAUUUCUGAAUUCUCAACAUCAUGACUCUCCUUCUCCUCUGACAAGAAUUCUGCAGGAUUUCAAAAUGUUCUAUUCAAGAAAAUUUACGGUUUAGGAAGUAAUUGGUGAAUUUGAUUGGUAUUGGAAUUGCAAUUUCAGAUGUUGUUUGUGAAUAGUCCAAACAGAGGUGAAACCUUGACUGUUCAAGCUCAGGGAACACAAGCCAGGAGUAUCUGUUGUGUUGCUUAUAGUCCCAUGGACAAUCUUCCCAAAGAAGUCACAUUAGAUAUACUUUCUAGGUUACCAGUCGAGUCAGUAUUGGAUUGUAAAUUAGUGUGUAAAGCUUGGAGGGAUAGUUUACAGUUUCGUGCUGAUAAUUUCUUUGCGGAUCUCCAUCUACAAAGCCAGCAUGGUCUUCAACUAAUGCAGCCGCAGGAGCAACACAAGCAGUUUCUUGGUCAUGAAAGUAUUCAUGACUUUCCUAAUGCUGAGCCAAUGAGUUUCUUUGGCGUUGAUAGACAUGCUUUCUACUAUGCAGAGUACCACACCGGUGGUGAGAUUAUUGAUGAAAAGCAGCCUAACUACCAAGCAAAGAGGAUGAACCUUAAAUUUCCGGACGCCGUGCAUGGAUUUGUUGGUUCGUGCAAUGGAUUGAUUUGCUUAUCAGUCAACUCAAAGUACAAAAACAUCGUCUAUGGCUAUGAUGGAGAUCAGAUAGGUUACAAAUACAGUGACGAACCUUCGUACGUUUGUAAUCCCAUUACAAGAGAAUACGUGAAUCUUCCAAGGGUGUCGAUUGAUGAGAAGAAAAGCAAACAUGGUGUUUACAUUGUGCGUGGGUUUGGUUACUACCGUCCAACAAACGAGUACAAGGUUGUUAGAAUCACCUAUUUUGGAAACACUAAUUAUCCCCCUUACAAGGGGAAGGUUGAGGUAUAUACACUUGGCAGUGACAGUGGGUGGAGAAGUGCUGGAGAAGUGAAUUACCUUUUGCUAUCUAGUUUCUACUCUCCAAGCGUUUGUGUAGAUGGAGCUCUUCAUUGGUUCCAGAAGGGACUUUCGAAGAUUGUGGUCUUUGAUCUGGGAGUGGAGGAAUUUUACCUGUAUCCUUCACCUGCAGGCAUUACGGGGAAAGCUAAACUUUGUGUUAUCAAAGGGUUCUUGUGUGUGUUAGACAUAUGUCUGUGUCCAGACUUGUGGUUUCUAGAGAAGAACGAGAAGACAGGGAGUUGGAGGAUAGUGUUCAGUACACAAUGCAUUGACAACACUACUAAUAUAUUAACCAUUACGGAGAGGGAUGAAAUUAUAUUAGGAAGUCUUGGGAAGGUUAUUCUAUAUAAUCUAAAAACUAGAACCUCAACAGUGUUUGCAGACGAGAAGUGGAUUGGGAGGAGUUGGUGGCUACCACAUUCACACUUCAACAGUUUUGUUUCACUGAAUGCACUAGGAGAAAGCAGUGUAAUGACGUUUUUAGAUUGAGUGAAGGCAGUUGAAGGAACAGCAGGGUUUAGGGUGUCACAAGUUAGCAUAUACUUGGGAUCUUUAUAAGAUAUGAGUGCUGCAUACUUUUUUUUUCUUCGCCUCUCUGAUUUUGAGAAACUUCUUAAGA